AUGAAAAAAGCUUUCGAGCAAUUUCGAAAAAGUAACUCGUUAUUCCAGAUUAUCAAAGGACCUCAGCACCUGGAAUUCCCGAAGUUAUUUGUCCUUGACUCUUCAUUCAAUCCACCGCACCUGGCUCAUUUCCAGCUAUUAUCGCAAACCGUUAAAAACUUCAAACUAAGGAACACUCAUUCGCAUGUCCUAUUGCUUUUAGCAGUUAAUAAUGCAGAUAAAUUACCCAAACCGGCAUCUUUUCCACACCGUUUGGAAAUGAUGUGCUUAUUUGCUGAUUACCUCCAGGAGAAGCUCCCCCAUUCUGUGGUAUCUGUCGGACUAACUGUUUUCUCGAAAUUCAUCGACAAAGACAUAGUUUUACGUGAGCAAUUUACCAAAGGAUACAAUACGGAUAUAGGGUAUCUAGUUGGGUUUGAUACGAUCGCUAGGAUCUUUGACGAAAAGUAUUAUCAACCAUUAAAAAUCAGCAAUGUAAUGGAAGGCUUCAUGUCAGGAUCUCAACUUUAUUGUUUGGCCAGAGGCGAUUGCCAUCUCAACGUCGAAUUACAAUUUAAAUAUGCCAGUGAUAUCCUCGAGGGGAAAUUCGAACCAGUUAUACCAAGAGAAUGGGGGACCAGAAUUCACGUCAUGCAAAAUGAUUAUCCUUCCUUAAGAAAUGUUUCAUCAUCUGAGAUUAGAAACAAACUGAAAAUGGGUCAAGUGGAGAAUUUAAGGGAUGAGUUACCACCGGGCAUAUAUGAUUAUGUGAUUAAGAAUAAGACAAUAUUUGAUUAA